AGUUUCGUUUUGACUGAACAUAGGCAAGAGUUUGAUGUUGCGUUGAGAUGGCUUAACACGCUCCCUACCCUUCCAUGAUUGUUGGUCUCUUUCAGUGCCUCAGCCUCAGUUUGGUACUUUCAACUAGUUGAUUGGAUGGGAUUUGCUUUCUCUUUUGGUUCCUUGGCUGGUUUGGUUUCCUCUUCUGACUUUGCUACCCCAAAUAAAGAAAUUCAAUGGCUGGGGUCUGUCUUCACUGGCAUCAUCUUCUGUGUUAUUGUUUAUAGAUUGACUGCUAUUUUGAGUUCUCUGUUGUUCAAGGGAUAUGACAAAUUGAGUAGUGCACAGAAAAUUGAAUGGAAUAACCGGGGAUUCUCAACAUUUCAUGCUCUGUUUGCAUCGUUUAUGUCAUUUUACCUCUUGGUGUUAUCAGAUAUUUUCAACAAGGAUUCACAUGAAGAACUCAUUAUUAAUAGAUCAUCCACUUUCUCAAAUUUGGUACUGGGGAUUUCUAUAGGUUAUUUUCUAGCAGAUCUGGCAAUGAUUCUUUGGCAUUUUCCAGCUUUAGGAGGUCUGGAAUACGUUUUACACCAUGGGCUGUCCAUGUUUUCUAUUAUCCAAUCUUUGCUAAGUGGCCAAGGACUGAUCUACAUACUAAUGGUUCUUUUCUCUGAGAGCACAACUCCUUUUGUAAAUCUAAGAUGGCACUUGGAUAUUGCUGGUCUUAAGAGCUCCAAACUUUACGUCUGGAAUGGCAUUGCUUUGUUCUUCGGGUGGUUGAUUGCAAGGAUUUUCCUAUUCAUGUUCUUUUUUAUCCACAUGUGGACCCAUUUUGACGAGGUUAAGGAGAUCUUCCCAUUGGGUUUUUACAGCUUGCUUGUGGUGCCUCCAAUGUUGGCAAUGAUGAAUUUGUUUUGGUUCUGGAAAAUUGCCAAGGGUUUGGUUAAAACUAUAUCAAAAGCAAAACAUAGCAAAUGAGCCUACCAAAUGGCCAUUUAAUUAAUUUUGCACAGUUGUGAUUAACAUUUUUUCCCCCAUUUAUCAUACUUACAAGAUUCAGUACAGUUCUGGGCUGUAUAUUUGGCAUUAAGCAAUUGAAUAUAUUUUUCAGUGAUUACAUGUAUUCUGAAUCAUUACAGAACAACAAGAGCUAAAACCACAAAGUUAUAGAAUCAGCCAUCACAUAGUUCAAAGA